CGGAGCGGAGCCGGGUGGUCGGAGCGCACGCCGCGGUCCCCAUGGAGCGCUACAAAGCCCUGGAGCAGUUGCUGACGGAGCUGGAUGACUUCCUGAAGGUUCUGGACCAGGAGAACUUGAGUAGCACGGCCGUGGUGAGGAAGAGCGGCCUGGCUGAGCUCCUGCGGCUUUACACCAAGAGCAGCAGUUCUGAUGAGGAAUACAUUUACAUGAACAAAGUAUCAGUCAACAGGGAACAGAACUUGGAGACUCAAGACAAAGUGCCCGAAGAGCAAGGCCUACUGACCAACGGGGAGCCCAGUCAGCACUCCUCAGCCCCGCAGAAGAGCCUUCCUGACCUCCCUCCACCCAAGACGAUUCCCGAGCGGAAACAGCUCCCAGCCUCGAAGAUCGAGUCCCCCGAGGGUUACUAUGAAGAGGCAGAGCCCUACGACCCUUCCCUCAACGAGGACGGAGAGGCCGUGAGCAGCUCCUACGAGUCCUACGAUGAGGAAGAGACCAGCAAGGGCAAGUCCGUCCCCCACCAGUGGCCCUCGCCGGAGGCCAGCAUCGAGCUGAUGCGGGACGCUCGCAUCUGUGCCUUCCUGUGGCGCAAGAAGUGGCUGGGCCAGUGGGCCAAGCAGCUCUGCGUGAUCAGGGACACCAGGCUCCUGUGCUACAAGUCCUCCAAGGACCACAGCCCUCAGCUGGACGUGAACUUGCGGGGCAGCAGCGUCAUUCACAAGGAGAAGCAGGAGCGGAAGAAGGAGCACAAGCUGAAGAUCAUGCCCAUGAACGCCGACGUGAUCGUGCUGGGCCUGCAGAGCAAGGACCAAGCCGAGCAGUGGCUUCGGGUCAUCCAGGAGGUGAGCUGCCUGCCUUCCGAAGGAGCCUCGGAGGGAAACCAGUACACCCCAGAUGGCCAGCGCCCGAACUGUCAGAAACAAGAUAUAGCUGAAAAGUACCUGUCAGCUUCGGAAUAUGGGAGCUCCACUGAUGGCCACCCGGAGGUCCCAGAGACCAAAGAUGCAGUCAAGAAGAAAUGUUCUACCGGCCUCAAACUGAGCAACCUAAUGAAUCUGGGCAGGAAGAAAUCCACCUCGCUGGAGCCCCCGGAGAGAUCCCUCCAGACGUGCAGCUACCUGAACGUGCUGGUGAACAGCCAGUGGAAGUCACGCUGGUGCUUAGUCAGAGACAGUCACCUGCAUUUCUAUCAGGACCGGAACCGGAGCAAAGCAGCCCAGCAGCCCCUCAGCCUGGUGGGCUGUGAGGUGGUCCCGGACCCCAGCCCCGAACACCUGUAUUCCUUCCGCAUCCUACACAACGGCGAGGAGCUGGCCAAGCUGGAGGCCAAAUCCUCUGAGGAGAUGGGCCAUUGGCUAGGCCUCCUGCUUUCCGAGUCUGGCUCCAGGACGGACCCAGAAGAGUUCACCUAUGACUAUGUGGAUGCCGAGAGGGUUUCCUGUAUUGUGAGUGCAGCCAAAACCUCUCUCUUACUAAUGCAGAGAAAGUUCUCAGAGCCCAACACGUACAUUGAUGGCCUUCCCAGCAGGGACCACCAGGAGGAGCUAUAUGACGAUGUGGAGACGUCGGAGCUUACCACAGGGGUGGAAACUGCUGAGGAAGCCACCCCGACCAUAGAUGCCCCUGAUGAGAAUGAACUCGACCGAGUGUACCUGGACCUCACGCCAGUCAAGUCUUUCCUGCACAGCCCCAGUGGGGUGCAGGUCCAAGCCUCUCUCCCAACUCCCCCACAUCUGGAGGAUAUGGCUGAAUCCCACCCUGCAGACUCAUGGCCAGGCUGCACCCCAGAUGAGCCCCCCACAAAGUCUCAAGAGAUUCCUGAAGAGCAGAGUCAGCUGGAGAGCCAGGAGAAGGAGGAACCUGCCCAGAGAAUCACCACUGUCAAACUGCAGACUGAGCAGCAGAGGAUCUCCUUUCCAGCCAACUGCCCUGACACCGUGGCUUCUUCCCCUGCCAGCACCAGCCCGCCCAUGAAGGACAGGCCGCGGGUGACCAGCGCAGAGAUCAAACUCGGCAAGAAUCGGACAGAAGCGGAGGUGAAGCGGUACACGGAGGAAAAGGAAAGACUGGAGAAGAAGAAGGAAGAGAUCCGGGGCCACCUAGCUCAGCUGCGGAAAGAGAAGCGGGAGCUGAAGGAGACCCUGUUAAAAUGCACUGACAAGGAAGCCUUGGCUAGUCUGGAGCAGAAGUUGAAGGAAGUGGAGGAGGAAUGCCGGAUAGAGGAGAGCAGGCGGGUGGACCUUGAGCUCAACAUCAUGGAGGUGAAGGACAAUUUGAAGAAGGCUGAGGCUGGUCCUGUCACACUGGGCACUACUGUGGACACCACCCACCUGGACAACAUGAGUCCUCGUCCACAGCCCAAAGCUGCCACCCCUACCCCAGACUGCACCCCAGUCAACUCUGCAUCCGUGCUCAAGAACAGGCCUCUUUCGGUCAUGGUCACAGGCAAAGGCACUGUCCUCCAGAAAGCCAAGGAAUGGGAGAAGAAAGGAGCAAGUUAGGAUACAAGAAACCAUCUAGACUCUUGUGUCAAUGUGGACCUUGCUGACAAUCCUGCUUCAGUCACGACUUCAUUAAAACAGCAACUCUGAGAAAGGGGGAGUCUGUUUAGAAGAAAAAAAGCAAGGACUGGGGUGCUGUGGAUGAGGAACCUCAGCUGAGAGGAGGAAGCCACUGUCCCCUUUCCAAGCCAAAGGGAGAACAGCAGCAACCGCAAAGACUCCUUUGGAGACCCAAGUCUAUUAGCCGUCCACGAGACAUUGUUGUAUUUAGGAAUGUUCUGUGUUUCUGUUUUUGAAGAUUUUAUCUAUUGCUUCAUCAAGAUUUGUAAGUAGUGAAAAAUGGCCGUGUAACCUUGGUGACUGAGAAAACUGAAACAUCUGACCUUCAUCUCUUAUCCUAUACCCGGCAGUGUUGGGGACUAAACCACCCUUGCCUUUAAGUCUGUUCUGCCAGUGGCCCAACUUGGUCUUUGGUGAUUUUAAACAGCAUUGACAGGACCUGGAUAAAACCACCAAUGACAUGAACUUUGAGAACCAGUAACAGAAGGAAAGAUUUGGGACUAAGCUGACCCCUACCCCAAGGUAAGGACUUCUUCCCAGUCUAAGGCAGUACUGAUUCAACUGUCUUUAAAAAGUUUUUUAAGUGAUGCUGUAUUAUAUUAACAAAUGUCCCUGUGUUUACAGAUUCAGGCCACUUUUAAGGGAAGAGUUAUUUAAUAUAAUUCUUUUUCCCCUGUUUUAAAGAUUUGUUUUAAUUUAUGGUCCCUGGUGAGGCAAAAAGUGAUAAAUUUUGGCUAGGGUAGUCUUUCUCAUUUCUUCAAAUUGGCAGUGUUUGUUUAUGCUGUCCCUCCUGUCUCUUGAUGGCAUUAACACAGGUUGAAACAUUUCAUGUCAUUUUUGCUCUACUUCCAGGCAUUCUGAAUCAGUUCUCUCAACACUGGUUCCUGGAAGUUAAAGGUCUUCUUUAUUCUUAUUGUCUUUCUAAUCCCAGGGCAUUUAUUUCCUGUGUCAAAAACACUUAGUGACCUUUACCAAGUGGUGAUUUCGAUUUUUUUUUUUAAAUAAAAAUGUUCCUUGUA